AUGGACCUGGCCGAUAACAGCUGGUCCAUGGUUAAGCGCGAAGUGUCGAGCAGCCCUGGAUCUCCGGCUGAGAGUUACCUGUCUGGAGACAGGAGAGACGGCCCCGCGGCGGAUGAGCUCCGAUCCGCCGUGUCCCACAGCGAGCUGGACGCACUGGGGCACAGGCGACACUCCUACGUCCACUUUGGACACCACCACAACAAUGGGCUGGGCUCUGAGGACAUGCCUCUGUUUACGGACUUAGACCAGGGCAGCAAACUGGUGCUGUCCGGCUCCACGCACAAAACUGGCCUUCUCGUGGACCCCAGUGAAAUGUACCAGACACUGGCCAUCGCCGCCGCGCAAACGCCCACCGGAUACGAGUCCUCCUCCGGGGGCUACAGCAUGCACUCCAGCCCCAACUCCCCCGUGUACGUGCCCAGCUCCCGCGUGGGGUCCAUGAUCCCCAACCUAUCCUACCUGCAGGCCGGGGGCACGCAGCCCAGUCAUGUGUCCAGUCACUCGGUCUGGUCCCAGUCCGCACCAGAGAGCCCCUCAUACAGCACGAGCAGCCCACAUGCCACCAGCCGCUUCCACUAUCCCCCCAGUCCCCCCAUGAGCAACGGCACGUCCCGGGAAUCAGCCUACAGCAACAGUCUGAACGUGGGCAGCAGGGACCAGUACAGCCUGUCCCGGGGCCUCAGCGGGACCUACGCCAGCCCAUACUCCCCCUACGUGACCCCGCAGUUGUCCCAGCUGCCCUCGCCCUGGACCAGUGGGCCCUUCGACAACAGCAUGCUGCACACGCUGCAGAGCAGAGGCGCGCCCCUCAUCAGAGGCCCCAGUGGAGUCUCGGAGCUGCUGGAUGACAUGGGCGAGAGUCGUGAGUGUGUGAACUGCGGCUCUAUCUCCACUCCGCUCUGGAGGCGCGACGGCACCGGACACUUUCUGUGCAACGCGUGCGGCCUGUACAGCAAAAUGAACGGACUGAGCAGACCGCUCAUCAAGCCGCAGAAGCGCACGUCCACGUCCAGAAGAAUCGGGUUGUCCUGCGCAAACUGCCAGACGAGCACCACCACUUUGUGGCGCAGAAACGCAGAGGGAGAACCCGUGUGUAACGCCUGUGGCCUCUACACCAAACUACACGGGGUUCCUCGACCACUUGCAAUGAAAAAAGAAGGAAUCCAGACGAGAAAAAGAAAACCCAAAACACUAAAUAAAUCCAAAGGUUCCUCUGGAAGCAAUAAUAACACCGUCUCCAUGACUCCCACGUCCACGUCUUCCUCCAACUCUGAGGACUGCUCCAAAACCAGCUCCCCCACCACACAGGUCAGCUCUUCAGUGCUGUCUAGUUCAGCGGAGGCCAGUGUGUCAUCAGUGAAGUAUUCGGGACAGGACGCUCUGUACACCAGCCUAUCCCAGGAGGUGUCCUCUGUGCGGGGCGAGCCCUGGUGCCCCAUGGCGUUGGCCUGA